GAAAAUCUCCAUUUAAUGGAAGCUGCCAAGAACAGCAGAAGACCAGGCCCCACUGUUCCUAUCACUUCCGCUCCCCAGCGUGGAAGACCCUAGGGUGGAAGUGAGAGCCUGGGCGAGCAAGGCGAGCAGCACUUGGCAGCAGACGGAUGCCCACUGCACGGAGAGUGAGGGCAAGCUGACGCAGCCGGAACAGCAGACUGUCAGGGGACAGAGUGGGUCCAGCAGACCUUCGGGCCAGCAGCCUAACUUCAGGAGUUCGGAAACACUAUGUGUUGCUGUCAUUGAACACUGGCCCAUUUGCAAGUGCUCGGGAAGCCCAGCCACCAGCAUGUCCAAGUACAAACUGAUUAUGUUAAGACACGGAGAGGGCGCUUGGAAUAAAGAGAAUCGGUUUUGCAGCUGGGUGGACCAGAAGCUUAACAGUGAAGGCAUGGAGGAAGCUCGGAACUGUGGCAGGCAACUCAAGGCGCUGAACCUUGAGUUUGAUCUUGUCUUCACAUCCAUCCUCAAUCGGUCCAUCCACACAGCCUGGCUGAUCCUGGAAGAGCUGGGGCAGGAAUGGGUGCCCGUAGAAAGCUCGUGGCGCCUCAACGAACGUCACUACGGAGCUUUGAUCGGUCUCAACAGGGAGCAGAUGGCCUUGAAUCACGGUGAAGAACAAGUGAGGCUCUGGAGGAGAGGCUACAGCGUGACCCCGCCCCCCAUCGAGGAAUCUCACCCUUACUACCACGAAAUCUACAACGACCGGAGGUAUAAAGUGUGUGACGUGCCUGUCGACGAGCUGCCACGAUCUGAAAGCUUAAAAGAUGUGCUGGAGAGACUCCUUCCCUUUUGGAACGAAAGGAUUGCUCCCGAAGUCUUAGGCGGCAAAACCGUUCUGAUAUCUGCUCAUGGAAAUAGCAGCAGGGCUCUCCUGAAACAUCUGGAAGGUAUCUCCGACGAAGACAUUAUCAACAUUACUCUUCCCACUGGAGUCCCCAUUCUCUUGGAACUGGAUGAGAACCUGCAUGCUGUUGGGCCUCACCAGUUCCUGGGUGACCAAGAGGCUAUCCAAGCUGCCAUUAAGAAAGUAGAGGAUCAAGGAAAAGUGAAAAAACGAGUUGAAAAAUGAAAGCUUUCUCAUUUACUGGCUAGAAAUAGCUACAAAGGAAGUGGCAUGCAGUAUUUUAUGGGUGCUGCUCUCUCUCUCUUUUUUUCCCCUGAUUUUUCCAGAACUAGGCAAUGGGAUAUAGUUUAUAUAGGUAACUCGGUAAAUUUUAUUGCCCAGAUAAAAGAUUUGGGAUGCCUGAGUACUUUGUCAAAGUCUUAUGAAUGAACUCUCCUGCUAGACCUGUUUGAAUUGAUCAUUCAUGGGGCUAAGCAGUAACCAGUGGGGCUUAAUCAAGGUCCUGAGCUUCUAAGAUGGGAGAGUAACGAGUAGAGGUGAUGUUUAAGGGGUUCAUCAUUUAAUAAAUCAUUAUUGAGUCACUAUUGACAGACACUACUUAUUCCACUAGGUAGUUCACUUUUAUAUUUCCUAAGACUUUUCUGGGAUGAUAGUAAGGUUUAUUAGAUAAUAUGCUCUACUUAUUUAUUACUAGUCUUAUCCUCUAGGAAAAGGGAUGCUUUGCUAGUUAAAACCAGAGGCCUAUUAAAUGGGAGAAGUCAUAGAUGGAUUCCUCCAAGAAAGCCAACAGCAAACAAUAAGGCACUUGGCCUUGUCUCUAGUCCAGAGAGCCUUUCUCUGACAUUUGGUAGGGUUCCCCUUUGGCUGCUAGGAUUAGCAGCAUGUAGACAGCCAGAGCUGUUUACGCUCUCCUUUUGUUUUGUUGACCUUUAAUCUCUGGGUACUUAAAAUUGUUUAAAAGUAAAGGUCUGUGACCCAAAAUAAAUAUCCCCAAAGCAUCUCCGUAUGAUUGAUAAACAUUAGGUAAAGGCCUCUGAACUAGUCUUUGGCUCAAAUCUUCCUGUAACUCUCAAAGUGAUGCACCUGUUUCAAUGCAUGGACACUCCUAAUCCCCUAUAAAUUGAACAUCAGAGUCAGGGGGAAGGUAAAAUAUAGUGCAUGUAGUUUUAUCCCCGUGAGCAGGAAAAAUACGGUACACUGGGGCUUGUCACACACAUGAUUGUUCAUCAGCAGAGGACAAAAGGUAAUAGUAUGUGAUGUGGAGCAGCUAGGGUAGGCCGCGGACCAAAGGGGUUGCUGGCCAGUCUCAACGAUACUGUUUUCCAGAUCAUAUUUUUAGAUGUCAUGGGUAUGUACGUCAUGGUUUUUUAAACUAUUGCCUUAUUUUAAGGCAGGUGACCUACAUUUAAGUGACAAAGUCCUAGAAAACAAUCUGUAGCUAUUUAUCAGUUUUUCAUGAUGUUCCAUUGGUAGAUGAGUCUAUUUGUAUCCAUUUUAUAGUAAAUGGCAAUCGAAGAAAACUAAUUCUAAAACCCUUGCCACAGCCUGGUCUCCAUUUGGUCCUUACUUCAGGACGUUUUAGGAUACAGAUGGCCAGGAAAAAGAGAUGACACUGGUGUGCUCCCAGCUGGCCACAUCCGGGACAUACAAGUACACAGAAUGUGGGUGCUGCACAUUUCUGACAAACCAGUAGUGUCUGCUGUAGCCCUUCAUUUUAGUCCAGUUGCUUAACCAAAAAAUACUCCUUGGAAUUCAGAGAUCAGAUCUUUCUAGAAUUCCAAACCUCUGGCCAGGCUGUACCUCAGACCAUUCUUUUAACUGCUCCAUCUCUGGAACUGACCUCUGAAUUUUCUAGCCCAAGUGGUGACCGUAUCUCAAUGCAACUGAAGAUCCUAGAGUUGGAUUCUUCCCUCGUCCCCCCUUGUCCUCGCUCACCUCCAGGGAGGCCCCUGGCAGAAUGAUGUGGUUCUGCACACAGAGCUGCACUCACUACCAGUCACUUUGGAAUCUGGCAGAUUUCCCAAGAUAGGGGUAGUUUUUGCUGAUACUUUCUGAUGUAAUUUGGUUUAUUGUUUUUGAGAUCUUGGCUAAAAUAAAUGAGACAUUUAUGAAAACCUCAUGUAAAAUUA